CUGGUCAUGCCUCCAGGUCCUCCUCUGGACCAGGCAGUGUGGAAGGAAGCAUUUGCUGGGAAACAAUGACUAAGACCGAGAAGGGAAAGACCUUUCUCUCCCAGCAUUUCCGUCAGUCACUCCCCCCACGGCUGGGAUGGGGCAUGAUUUUCUCCUACUUAAAACCAAGAAACAAGGAGGAGCGCGCCUCCGUUUCCAGUGUGCCUCCAGUCUUCCACUCCAGCCCGCAGCACUGUGCGAACCUCAAGAACCAAUAUUUGAAACAGGCAGCUGCAAACCUCACCUUUUCUCGGGAGGUGGUGCAGCAGCGAGGGCUGGCCAGCAUUCCUUACAGCCAAAACAGCUUUGACCAUCUCUACGAUGCAGACGGCAUCAUCCAGCCUCCCCAAGUCAGGAAGCCCCGAGCUGAGAAGCCCGUCAGCUUCAAGUUCCUGGAUUUUUCAGGUCCCUCAACAAGGGUCACCUCCCAGGCUGUGAAGACGGAAAGCUCUGCCAAUCUUAAGAAGCUGAAGAAAUCAAAGCCAGCAAGCGCAGUCCAGGAAGCAUCUGGUCCUCUCAAUCUUCAUCCAAGCAGGGAGCUAGACGUGCUGGAUCUGUCACUUUCUCCAGAUGUCUACCUGGAGGAGAGGGAAACCUGGCUUCCCCCUUCUGAGAAGGAGGCCAGAGCAUGGCAGGCUGUCGUGCUGGAAAAGCUUAACAAGCGCACUGCCCGAUGGAUCCAGAACAAGAGUCCUCUGAGGCCUGGGGUGUCCCCCAGUAAGUGGCAGAGCUUCUUGCACCAGCAAUACGACUGGAGCCACAUCCGGGAUGAGCUCACUUCCUCCAGCGACCUGGAGCUCUUGGAACAGCUGGAGGAAGAAGAGACAGCAGAAUUUGAGGAUCGAAGUGUCGUUCUGCCCACCCAGGAGGAAAAGAAGCCAGAGCUGCUGCUUCCUGUCUAUUAUAGAUUGCCCAAUUACUUGCCGCAAGUGCAGACAGUUGAAAUCACACCUGGCAUCAGUAAGGCUGCUGAGGACAUCGAUGGAAAGGGGAGCAUCUACCAGCCCCCAAGGCAGAGCCACUUCCGACAGGUGAAUCCCCGAGCUGGAAAGUUUGCUUACUCCACAGACAACACCUUUGAACAGGAGAUUUACUUUGAUAGAGUCCAGAUCAUCCACCAGAUUGGUGCAAAGAGAGACCAAAUUUUCCUGGAAAACCUCAAUCGAUACAGCAAGCAGCUAUCUAAGGUCUUCCCUGAAACCCCAGAAAGGUGGACUUCCCAGCCAGUUCCUGAAUCAUUGCUAGCCAGGAAUAGGAAUGUGAUGCUGGCUGGGAACACACGCUUAGGGCAGUGGGCAGAAUACCUCAUACUGCUGCCCCGCACAGCUUGCAGGCCUGUGAAAGGAGCCAGGCGCUGGACAGCUCUGCCCAUACCGGCCAAGGAUCUGCUGCUGCAGGUGGGUGAGGAGGACAUGCCCACGAAGACCAGGAGACUGAAGAAGCAGGCAGAGUCACUGAAGGAGAAUGUGACUUGGGAACUGGUGGUCCUGCGGAGGAUGCUGCAGGAAUGGAAGAUGGCCUGGGCUCUAAUCAUCGAGUGGCACCAUAAGACAAUAGAGGGCCUGCUGCAGAGCUUGGUGGACAUCCAUGAUGACGUCCGCAUCCAAGCCAUCAUCACUUGUGCCACAGCUGCUUUAGAACGACCCCGUACUGCCAUCAGCCAGGGGGACUCAGACAAGGAAACCGUCAAAGCUCCACCUAUCCAGGACUUGCCAGAGGUUCUACAGGCCCCCCUAAAGGCUGCUCUUUGUGACAAGAACGCCAGUGUGCGGAUGGCAGCAGCAGUAUGCCAAUAUGCCAUGCAGUCAGAUAAUCUUCUUGCCCGGGAAAUCAUGCAGACUGCCCUUUUGAAGGGUAAUAGCGUGGACAGCUGGGCUGCAGCUCAGUGCCUGGCUCUGGAAGGUGCUGCCACUUACCCCGUGAUUACGAGGAUCCUCCAUCAGCUGUUUAACAAGAAGAAUGAGGACACUGAGCAACAGUCUUGUAUGCUCUUGAGCCAUCUAAGUGCAAAGACAACCCUGAUACAUACCAUGCUUGCCGUGGAGCUGAAUAGCCAUCAAUGGAAAGACCGGAUUGUAGCCUGCCGAGCUCUCUCCCAGAUUGGUGGAAAUGUCAAUGUGGAUGUGAAACAUAAGUUGAUCCAGCUGAUGUUGGGUGACUGGAAUAAGAAAGUGAGACAAGCAGCUGCCCAAGCUCUGGGGCAAAUGAGCCUUGGGAAAGAGGUGCAUGACACAAUCAGAGUCAAGCUGGGCCAAGGAAACUCCCAGGAGCGUGUGGAAGCCCUCUCCCUGAUUCGUGGGCUCAAGCUCAUGACGGCCAAGCUUCUCCCAAGCUUUCUGAACUGCUUCUCUGAUGACUUCACGGCAGUUCGGCAGGCAGCUUGUUUGGCUGCUGGUGCCCUGCAGAUCCACGAUAAUAUGGUCCUUGAAUGCCUUCUGAAUCUCACACAGAGAGAUCCCUGCUGGAAAAUCAAGGCCUUUGCCAUUCGAGCUUUGGGACAAAUUGGCCACGUGAAUCCCCAACUGAUAGACUCCCUGCUCUGGGCUAUACACUAUGAAGAAUCACCAGGUGUACGACUAGAGGCUUGCCGUAGCAUCCUAGCCCUCAAACUUCAAGGAGACCGAGUCAGGGACACCUUCCUAGACAUGCUGCUCCUAGAGAACCAUGAUGCUGUUCUAAAAGAAAUUCACCAUGCAAUGAAGAUACUCAACUUAGAAAAUGAAGGAAACCAAGAAAUGCUUCAGAAGAUCAAGAACAGGAUUCAAACACUAAGCCAAAAGGAACUGUUGAUACAGAAAAUAUUCAAGAUCGAGACAGUCAUAGGAAAAGUGAAGGAGGAAGCAAAACGUGUUUACAUGCAACCCAAACAAGGGCAAAAACCACUGAAAUUCCAUACUUUUCUCCAAGAAACUUUUCAGGAUGAGGUGGUGUUUCCUAGAAGACCGUCUGAGUUGUGUGACAUUGAAGCAGUCAUAAAGCCUGUGAGGCCCCGCACACCAAAUCCCUGGUCACAGAGUCCAGUCCCGGGCCUAAGCACAAGAAGCAGAGGUCAUUCAUCACUUGUCAAAGAUCUACGCACUGCCCGGGAAAAAAGAAUUGCGAUGGGACCAUUUGGAUCUGACAACCAAGAUCUCUAGCUAAGUAAAAACUCAAGUUUUUUCCAGGGUCGUGUCCUCUUCCCCUAGAAGGAAAGGUAAUUAUUUCUGGGAUGAGCCCUUCUCUUGCUCCAAGACACAGGCAGCAGUGGACCUAGUCACAUUCUUCUCUUUAACUGAUGUUGUGUAUCUCUUUGUCAUUAUGUUUAUAAAGAAAAAUCUGUUUAACAGUAAACCUGGCUCUUUAAUGUGCACCAUUUACACAGAGGGUUAAAGAAAAUUGACAACACAUUAGGUGACAGUCCAUAUUUUUCCAUAACCCAGAAAAGUCCUAUAUUAAAUAUAGGUCAGAACUCCAAAUUUUACUAGAAUAGAAAUAUUCAAAGACCCAGAAUCUUUUGUAAGCUAUACAAAGAGCCCUUUGAAACCCAAACUAGAAUCCCAUUAA